UGUUCCAUUUGACCCACCUAAAGCUUUCCAGCCGUCAUGGCUGAAUUCGCUGCAAUGGAGGGAAGGCCACGGCGGAGCCCGCUUUUGCGCACAGUGCUUGUGCUCCUCGUCCUGCGCAGCUUUCUUCCCCAGGCUUUCCUCCCCGGCAUCAACUCAGGUCUAUCCAAGCCAGCCAGUCGUGAUGUGCAAGGGGCCACUAGGGCCAUAAACGACGUGCUGCUGCAAGAGAAGGUUGAGACGGUGGAGAGCGUUGAGAGGAGCAGUGAGGAGGCGGAUCAGAGCGUCGAGGAGGACUCGAAGUGGAGCUUGCUCGUGUUUGCAUUGUUCCUGUCUUACGCACUCUGUGACUUGGACAAGGUGAACCUCUCGGUGGCAGUGCUGCCGAUCCAGGAUCGCUUUAGCUUCACGGAGGCGGAGGUGGGCUUUGCUUCGAGCAGCUUCUUCUGGGGCUACAUGUUGACUCAGCUGCCCGGGGCUGCCCUGAUUCAGAGCAUGCCUGGGGGCGCCUUCACCGUGCUGGGCCUCGGGGUCCUGGUGCAGUCCGUGGGCACCGUGGGCACCGCGGCCAUGCAGUACCUCACCGAGCCCCAGUCGGCGCUGUGGCUGCUGUGUGUCAGCCGCGCGCUGGUGGGCCUUGGAGAAGGUCUGGGUGUCCCGGCGGUGGGGGCCUCCCUGGGCACCUUGCCGGACUCCCGGCGCUCCUCCGGCACCAGCCUGGUAUACGCCGGGUCCACCACAGGCGUCGGCCUGGGCCUUUUGCUGUGCCCAUUCCUCAUUGAUCAAUUCGGCUGGCCCUUCGUCUUCUGGGCCUUUGCAGCAGCCGGUCUGGUCUGGACGGCCUGGUGGGCGAUGAUUUGCCCACAGCUGGGCUAUCGGGAAGUCAGCAAAGAAGGAGCUGUGCCUUGGCGGGAGAUGCUGCAAAACCCCAACGUUUGGCCGGUGAUUGCCUGCCACGCCAUGAGCAACAUCGCGUUCUAUUCGCUCUUGACAUGGAUGCCCUCUUUCUUCAGCCGAGGGGUCGGCUUGAACAUCGAGCUCGCCGGCUUUUGCGCGUUUCUCCCAUACCUCUUCGGAGCGAUCGCCAGUGUGGGUGUGGGCAAGUUGGCAGAUCGGCUUCUGGAGGAAGGCUGGGAGAUCCCGAGAUUGCGGAAGACCUUCCAAGGUGUUGCCUUCUUCGGGCCCGCGAUCUGCAUGAUCCUCAAUGCGACCAUCGGCACAUCCUUAGGAACUGUCGGUCAGGUGGGGCUUCUGGUUCUGGCCACCGUGCUGAAAGCGGGGGACCGCGCCGGGCUCUUCUGCACCCACGCCGAUUUGAGCCCCCGCUACUCCGGGGCCCUGCUGGCACUGUCUUCCACAGCAGGAGCCAUCGCCCCCAUUCCGGUGAUUGAGUACAUCGGGCAGCUGAUCGACCAAACUGGGUCGUUUGCCGUUGGACUUUUCGCGCCGGUUGCUGUGGCGCAGAUCCUCGGUGGGAUCAUCUACGUCACCACGGCGAACAACGAGCGCCAGAAAUUCGAUGAGCUUUAAGUCAGAACUUGACCUGGUGAUCCACUUCAUUCCAUUGGCGUCCUUUGGUUUGUGG